CAGCCCGAAGGCUGCCGAGUCCGAGGCGAGUGUCGACGAUCACCAUCGAGCCCCACAUUUAGUAAUAUGUCAUCCAGGUCCUGACUUAACAUUCAAGGCAAAAAUGAGUGACAAGGGUAUAUCGGACGAGGUAGUGGCGGCGGCUUGUAAAGAAGCAGAUCCAAUUACCAAGGACUUCAUGAUGCAGCAGACGAUGCUGCGAGUGAAGGAUCCUGUGAAAUCCUUGGAUUUUUACACCAGAAUCCUCGGCAUGACGCUGCUGCAGAAGUUUGACUUCCCCUCCAUGAAAUUCUCUCUCUUCUUCCUGGGCUACGAGGACAAGAAUGAGAUCCCUGCUGACGUGAAGGACAGGACAUCCUGGACGUUUUCCCGCAGAGCCACCAUCGAGCUGACACAUAACUGGGGGUCCGAGACUGAUGAAAGUCAGUCGUACCACAACGGAAACUCGGAUCCACGCGGCUUCGGACACAUCGGCAUCGCCGUUCCCGACGUCAACAAAGCGUGCAAAUUGUUUGAAGAGCAAGACGUCACGUUUGUCAAGAAGCCAGACGAUGGUAAAAUGAAAGGUUUGGCCUUCAUUCAGGACCCCGACGGCUACUGGAUCGAGAUCCUAAGUCCCAACAACAUGAUUUCCAUCACCAGCUAAAUCGGAGAGCGAGAGUAGGACUUUGUGCGUUAGAGAGGGUGACAUCCUGCGGCGCGGAGGGAAACACGCACAAAUUGGCGCGCAUGACUCAAGCAGGAGCUGCACCUACACGGGACAGUUGACGAGCACGUAGAUUUGAAACGUUAGCUUUUGUUCUCCUAGCAACUACUCUCAUCUAUGGGUGGUGAUGUGGUGCUGAAUAAGCUGUGUAAUAAAUGUGAGAGCUGUC